GCCCCGCCCCGCAUUGUCAAAACCCCGUGCUGAAAAAGUUAAAGUGCUUUUAUUAUUUAUUGAGAACAGGACAAAACAAAGCGCUCUUUGUCUCUCACUGACCGUAGGAGAUUCCAGCAUCUGCAAGUUCGUAGACAGCACAGUGGGGCGCGCGGACACAAGAGACAGUUACUUGGACAGAAGAAAGUUACAGUCGACAAAGAUUAUUACUUCUAAAAAGGAAGCCCAGAGCAAUGUGUUGAGAUGGGGGAGGGCAUUACAACACCAUGGAUUCUUCUCACUUUCCUACAGGACCAGAAGUGCAGCAACCAGGAAUAUAAGAAGGAACUGGACACUUUGGAAAAUGAGUUGAAUAAGAAGAGGCCUGUGAUAUCAAACUACUCCAGUCUCUGGAGUAACAAUCAAGAGCAUUUCAGUGAUGGUGAUGAUGGAGAGCUUCAGACAGAUGGGCAUUUUUGUUCUGACAUUAGAAAUAUUUGCAGAGAGAUGCAGCCUGAUGUACAAGGAAAUGCUGUUGAUGUCGGUGCGGCAAGGCAAAUCGCAGCAAAUCUGAUUGAGAUCGCAGAUCAGCUGAACCAAAGUGUGGUUUCACGGGCCUCGGAUAAUUUAGUCAGGAGGAUGCAAACCAGAAUUUCACAAGACUGGACCGGCUUGCUGUCCUCCGAAGUGGAGCGCUUGAUGUGGCAGGGCAUCCCGGGGCUGCAGCAGUUCCCUCAAGAGAAAGUCAUGCUCACCCUCACCAUGGUGCUAGUGCAGAACAUUGGAGUGCAUGCUCCCACUUUGCUGCGCAGCUUUUUCAGUACUGCUGUGCAGUACAUUAACGAAAACCUCCAGAACUUCAUAAGAGAUCAAGGAGGAUGGGGAGGAAUUUAACCAUGGAAAGGGAAUUCAAGCUGUCAGCUUUGGUUAUGUAGCAAACAUUUUCAUAUGACAUGCUUUACCAUGAAAAAAAUAUAAAGGUAAAAUGUCCAGGGACCAUUCUUUGUUUUGCUUCUUUGUAAUUAAAAAAAAAAAGUAAAAAGUGUUAACUUACUUUUGUAAAAUAUAUAUUUUUAAUUGAUGAUUCAGUACAUUAAAUAAUCUUAAUGCACUUAUUUGUGUGAAAAAAUGUAGCAUACACUUUUGUGUUUCCUAAAGUGUUAAGUUGUAGAUGUAGAGUUGUUUAAAAUAUCUGUAAUGUACUUUAUUCUGCAUUUUCUUUUAUCAUAGUAAUAAAUACUCUAGAAUGUU